AUGGUGAACUGUUCAAAAACUCUUCUUCUAAUUCUUCCCCUCUUCACAUACCUUCUGCUGGCAUUCAACUGCAUCGUGGCCGUUCACGUGUCUCAUGAUGGACGGGGCAUCAAGAUCAACGGCGAACGUAGGAUCAUCCUUUCCGGCUCUAUCCACUAUCCAAGGAGCACCGUUGAUAUGUGGGGUGAUUUGAUUAAGAAAGCUAAAGCUGGUGGAUUAGAUGCAAUCGAGACGUAUGUAUUCUGGAAUGCGCACGAGCCACGUAGGCGACACUAUGAUUUUAGCGGGAAUUUAGAUCUAAUAAGGUUCCUAAACACUAUUAGGAGCGAGGGUCUUUACGCCGUGCUUCGUAUUGGACCUUAUGUUUGUGCCGAGUGGAACUAUGGGGGUUUUCCUGUUUGGUUGCACAAUCUGCCUGGAAUUGAACUUCGCACGUCGAAUAAAGUGUUCAUGGAAGAGAUGCAAAAUUUCACCACAUUCAUCGUGGAUUUGGUAAAGAAAGAGAAGCUAUUCGCUUCACAAGGAGGUCCAAUUAUCCUUGCUCAGAUUGAGAAUGAAUAUGGAAAUAUUAAUGAGGUAUAUGGAAAUGCUGGGAAAGAAUAUCUGAAUUGGUGCGCAAAAAUGGCUGAGUCACUCGAUAUUGGAGUUCCAUGGAUUAUGUGCCAAGAAAAUGACGCGCCAUUUUCUAUGAUUAACACAUGCAAUGGUUUCUACUGCGACCAAUUCACGCCAAAUAACCCCAACAGCCCUAAAAUGUGGACAGAAAACUGGACUGGAUGGUUUAAGAAUUGGGGUGGUAAGUCUCCACUUAGGACAGCUGAGGAUCUCGCAUUUGCAGUCGCGCGAUUUUUCCAAAACGGCGGCACGUUUCAGAACUAUUACAUGUAUCAUGGUGGCACAAAUUUUGGUAGGACGGCUGGUGGUCCGUACAUUGCAACAACGUAUGACUAUGAUGCCCCACUCAAUGAAUAUGGGUAUCCAAAUGAGCCAAAAUAUGGACACUUGAAGAAGCUCCACGAUGUGUUGCAUUCUGUCGAAAAAGCCCUCACUUACGGCAAAAUUUCGACUAUUAACUAUGGAAAUCACGUCGUUGCAACCAUUUAUGCACUCAAUGGCACUUCAACUUGUUUCUUUGGAAAUGCCAAUUCCACAAGUGAUGCAACAAUUAAGUAUAGAGGUGUUGAACAUAAAAUUCCAGCAUGGUCUGUUAGCAUACUCCCAGAUUGUAAGCAUGAAGUUUACAACACGGCCAAGGUGAACACUCCGACUACUUUGAUGGUUAGGGAGUCGAACGAAGCGGAUGAAAAUGAAGCAAAUGCUUUAAAGUGGAGUUGGAGGCUUGAAGAAGUUGAUGAUACUGUCGUUCAUGGAAAGGGAAACUUCUCGGCGAACAAGCUUAUUGAUCAGAAGGCCAUCAAUGAUGCUAGCGAUUAUUUGUGGUAUAUGACAAGGGUGAACAUAGGCAAAAACGACCCCAUAUGGAGCCGUAAUAUGAGCGUUAGAGUUAAUGGAACUGGGCAUGUACUUCAUGCCUAUAUCAAUGGCCACCAUAUUGGUUCGCAAUGGGCUGGGUACAAUGUGUUCAACUAUGUUUUCGAGAAAAAAGUGGAGCUCAAACCCGGGAAAAACCAAAUAACUUUCCUCAGUGCGACGGUUGGACUGCAGAAUUACGGUCCAAAAUUCGAUCUGGUACAAAGUGGGCUUCCUGGACCAAUCGAGAUCAUCGGGAGAAAUGGCGACGAGACCAUAAUAAAGGACUUAACAAGACAUAAAUGGUCGUAUAAGGUAGGUUUGCGAGGUUUAGAUGACGAAUUGUUCUACAAGAAGGACAAGUCAACAAAUGAAUGGCGAUCCGAAAAUCUCCCAUUCGAUAGGAAGUUGACAUGGUACAAGGCAACGUUCAAGGCUCCGUCAGGGAAGGAUCCCGUCGUGGUCGACCUGCAAGGGCUGGGUAAAGGGAUGAUUUGGGUGAAUGGGCAUUGUCUCGGGCGAUAUUGGCCGAGUUACGUAGCCGAGAAAGACGGUUGUUCGGCUAAACCUUGCGACUAUCGUGGCCAAUACAGUUCGGAAAAAUGUAGCUUCGGUUGUGGUCAGCCCACACAAAGAUGGUACCAUGUGCCGCGCUCUUUUGUGAACAAGGAAGCCAAUGAAAUCAUUCUUUUUGAGGAAUUUGGCGGGAAUCCAUCGUUGGUUAAUUUCAAGACGGUUAGAGUUGAGACAAAAUAA